CCAUUGAUCAGAAAUUUAGUGUCCUCACAGUACUUGUUGCGGGCAUUGUUGCAGUGACAGCAUAUUAUUACUGGAUGGAACGCAACAAGAGACGUAAACAGUCUCCAGUGAAGUUACAGUUCAAAACUUCUGAUGAACUACAGAAAGUUGAGUGGGAGCAUGUUGGUAAGGUGUCCAAAAUAUGGAUUUAUCCUGUUAAGUCAUGUGCUGGAAUCCCCCUAAAGAAUGCCCAAACAGGUCUGCUUGGCCUCUUGGAUGGCUCUGUGAGAGACAGAUCAUUUGCUUUUACAACAGAAAGCGGAUCCCUGAUUAGGGGGUCCAUGAUUGGUGCUACUGUGAAGAUUAAACCUCUCUUAAAUGGCAACUCACUAACUUUGAAAUAUCCAGAUGUUGAAGAGUUGUCUGUUGAUCUAGAGCAGGUAGAAGCUGAGAAAAAUGAAGCAACCAUAAAGUAAGUAACAAUAAACAUUCUGUAUUAGGUAUACACCCUUCAUUCACCACAUAUUGUAAACAGAUGCAUACUUAUUUUACCAGGCAACACAGAGGUAUGCAAUUCA